AUUAGUUUUUUCAGUUAUUUAUUUAUUUAUGAAUUGUCAUUAUCAUUAUUAUUAUUUUUUACAGUUAAUAGUUAUUACUUUAAUUAAAAUAUGUACUCGUGCCUGGCACGUGUGUUGUAAAGUUGCACUGAUCCAUGAUUUAUUUAAAAAAAAAAAAAAAAAAAAAAGUUCCAUCGACAUCGGCUGGGCUGGGCUCCAAGUGCUAAUAUUUUGAAUGGAGCUCGACCAGACAGAAACAUUGGUUGUUGCCACUGUUAGUCCUGAAUCAUUGUAGUCGUGAAACUAGUUGCUGGAGAGUAAGAAACACGCGUCGCCUAUCUCUUUUGGCGAAAUAGUCUAAUGUUUUAGUUGCUUGAAUAUAAUUUAUUUAGUCUUUGAAUGGGUCAGAGUAAUGUGGAAAGCUAACGCUAAUGACGGCUAGCUAAGUUAGCUAGUGUUCUUAUUGGCACUUUAACGUCUUGGUUUCCAGUUCCUCCAGCUGACAUGACACAUAGGAAAGAAGUAUUCCAGUCCAAGGUACUCCAAAAGCUUUACCCUGAAGCCACUAAAUUGGAAAAAGAAGCCUCUUCACCAUGCAUGCUAGUGGAUACAUUAGUAAAUAAAAAACAUGUGAAAAGAAAACCUCCCCAUCAGGAUAUUCCUCACUCACUGUCACCAAGAACAAUCAUUCAAAGUAAGCGAAUGUACACCGUUCUACCUCCUCCUGAAGACUACGAUGCACAUUCAGUGACAUAUGUCACACCAAACCAACUCGACGGUAUAAAUUGUGGUGACAGUCCAUCUGAACAUGGCAUACAGCAGUGCGAAGAGGAGCUGGACCAUGAUGUCGAAAUAAAUGAACAGAAAAGAAGAAGAAAAAGGAGGAAAAAGAGACUGAACCUCCAAGGACAGAAAGAUGAAAAAGCUCCAACAAUAGAGUCCACUAUUGUUCAGAAUGAGACGCUGAUGGAUGGAGUGCACAUUAGUCGGAACAAGAAAAGGAAACUGAAAAAGAAACGUCACAAAGAAAAGAUGCUCUCAUUGGGUUUGAUGCCUCGGGCUUCUGCCCUGGAGUUCACAUACCAAAAAGAAACCAGUGGGGAGGAAGAUGGGAUGAGAGCUGCUCAGUUGGCAGAAUUCCUCAGGACAACAAUGGAAGUUUAUAAAUCAGAUGCUUUAGUGCAUACAGAAAAGCUCCCUCAUCUGUCUGCUAUGCUGGAGAAUCUUGUGAGCAGCAUCACCAGUGGAAGCAGGCCAUCCUCUCUUUUGAAGCAUCUUCAUACUCUCCAGUUAUGUAUCCAAGGCAAAGACACAGACAGACUGGAAAAGGCACUGCAAGAACUCAGAAGCAACACCCUAAUGGCUGCAGAAGCCACUGCAGUUGCAGGAUUGUUCCAAUAUUGGAUAACAGACAUUUUUCCCAUGAAGUGAAGCAAUGAGACUCAACUCAGAGCCUUAAUAAUACAGCAAGAUAUGGAAGGAUUAACGCUACAUUACUUAUUUAUUGUUAGCUUCAUACUUCAUUUUUUGUCUAAUCUCUCUGUAUGAUGUGAUUUAAACAUGUUUUUUUGUUUAGUGUGUUGUGGAAUACUUUUGCUUCAUAAAAGCAUAAAACAAAGCACUUUGUUCAUUCCAAUUAAGAAACUGUAGUUGUAUCGAUCUGUUAUUUACCUCACUGUUGUUUUUGCUCUGUUGUUCAAAUGAAUGGAAAUUGGUAACACUUGUCCGUCUUAUCUUACCCCCAAUUACCAGCAAAGCAAAUGUCAGCACUGCAGGGAGUCAUGUUUUGUUUGCUCUCAUGACAUUUUACACUAUCCAACUAAGCAAAUAGCUUCUCAAACAUGCCAAUCUUCUGCAAAAACCACUGUUGCAAUUUGAAAUAAUGUGUGCGUUUCAAACCCUGAUCUUCUGUCACUACUGUCGCAUAUAUUGGAGUAUUACCCUUGGUGCUAAAUAAUUAAUAUGUUUACUUUAAAUAAAAUGGAUUUGACAUCUACUGCUGUCAAGGCAGUGAGUGAAUUGAGUGGGUGCUGCUUUAGCAACUUGUUCCAAAACACUUGUUGCUUUUAUCCAACUUUGUACUUGAUUUAGAAUCACAGCAUGCUGGAUGCAUAUUGGGCGUUGAGCACCAUUGCCCCCUGGGAAGCCCGACGCUAGCUGUAUUCUAUUCUGGUUCAUUUAACCAGGGAGGAGUUCAUGAAAAGGACAGGGAAUUAUCAUGGCUGGGAAGUGACAUUGUGUCAUGUUGAGUAAGUGUUGUUGUUCUUUUCAGAGCUGAAAGAGUUUGACUCCACAGUGUAGAGAUCUGAAUGUUUUAUUUGGGAUUUGUGUUAACAGACAAGUCAGGAGUGUGUUUAAUCACAAUAACAAAUGUUGUAAAAUGUACAUUAUUUUGCUUGUUUCACUAUUUCAAAAAAUUUUGCUCAAAGAAUGGCUGGUGUCUAUAUUGCUCACAGUUAACCAUUCAUAAAUAGUUCUUCAUCACAUGUUAAUGUUCAUAAACCUUGUGAAAGAGCUGUCAAAAAUAAAAGGCUGAAAUGGGUAAAAAAACAAAAAAAAACAUUAUGAAAAAUCUUAGAAGGUGACCACAAUUUGCAUCAUCAUUCGAUGAAAGGUGUCAGAAACACAACAAAGUCAUCAUUAAUUGCCCACCAUCAGGAGCUGCAUGCAAGAUGUUGGGUUAUGGAGCAAGGAUGAUUGAAAGCUUGAGAAGCAGCCUUUACCUUCAUCCUCUGACAUUUUUCACAACAACUCUAAAGACGAUGUCAAAUAUGAUUAUUUUGAAAAAAUAAAUAGUUGUAGGUUGAUAAUGAAUAUGAAUAUAAUUAUAUAAAUAUAGAGUAUAUGUAUAACUUUUAUGAUUAAUUUCCAGGUAGUCAUUUUAUUAGUCAUUUAACACGCAUCCUACUGUCAUAUUUUACAUUUCAAUCAAUGUGCCAAACAUUUUUCAUUUAUAUUGAUACCUGGCUUAACUUUUCCAAUUGGUGAAAACACAACCUCUUAUGGCAUAAAAAUGUAUUUGUCAAAAAACAUAAUUUCUUUAAAAAAAAAAAAAAAAAAAAAUUGCCCUCAAUGUUUUCAAUAAGAAAAUUGCUGCUGUAUAAUUAUAAUAAUGUAAUAAAUUAUAAUAAAAUAUAUAAUAUAAUUUCCUACACGCUGUUUAUUUUAAAACAAGCUGAUAUAUUACAAUUAUUGAAUGGUAAGCAACAUAUUGUCAGGUACAAUUUCAGCUGCCUUACAACUCAACUGUUUUCUCAUUGUUCAAGUUCUUAUCCUACCUUGUGUCACACAUUAUAUAGUAC